UGGGAAACUGUCUCCUGCUCUUGCAGUGGGAACGCUAAGAGCUCGCCUCCAGCACCAGAAUCUCUUUUCUCUAAGGAGCUGUGUCCACUGCUGUCCAGUCAUGGGCCAGAUUUUCUCUACACCUCAACCAAAGGACCAUGAUUUAGCCUCCAGCUUUGAAAACUUUUUCAAAACUUUCAAGAUGGAAAGUAAAAUCAUUUCUGAGGACAACAUCACUUUGAUCCAGUCACACAUACAGAAGGGGGACAUUCAGAGGACGGUUUCUCUAAUCAAUAAUGUCCUGAAAGAAAUUGAGAACGCACCCCUGAGCAUCGCCGUGACAGGGGAGUCAGGGGCAGGCAAGUCCAGUUUCAUCAAUGCCCUGCGGGGGACCGGGCAUGAAGAGCCAGAUGCAGCCGAAGUUGGAGUAGUGGAAACAACCAUGCAUAGAAAGUCAUACGAACACCCCAAGUUUCCUAAUGUGAAAAUUUGGGACUUGCCUGGUAUUGGGACUUCUAAAUUCAUACCAAUGAAUUAUCUAAAGAAAGUGAAUUUUGGUGAGUAUGACUUUUUCCUUAUCAUCUCGUGUACACGUUUCACAGAUCAUGAUGCCCAGCUGGCCAAAGCGAUUGCAAGAAUGAAGAAGAACUUCUAUUUUGUUCGAACAAAAAUUGAUAAUGAUUUAUCCAAUUCCCAAAGAAGUCAACCCAAGUCCUUCAACAGGGACAAAGUGCUGGAAAAGAUCCGAGAUAACUGUAUGGAAAACCUACAGCAGGCCAAAGUGGACGCCGUGCAGGUUUUCUUGGUUUCUAGCCUUGACGUGACUGACUUUGACUUUUCAGAGCUGGAGGACACCCUUCUGAGGGACCUGCCAGCCCAGAAGCGCCACAUCUUCAUGCAGUGCCUGCCUAAUGUGACGGAGGUUGCCAUUGAGCGUAGGAGAGAUUCCCUGAAACAGAUGAUCUGGCUGGAGUCCCUGAAGUCUGGGGUAUCAGCCACCAUCCCUUUGGUGGGCCUCUUAAGUGACAAUGACAUAGUAAAACUUCAGCAGAUGCUAGCCUUCUACAGGUCUUACUUUGGGCUGGACGAUCAAUCACUGGAAGAGAUCGCCACAGACCUGUCUGUGUCGGCGUGGGAACUCAAGCAGACCCUUAAGUCUCCUCACUUGCUGUCACUCGAGAAAGACGAGUCCAUGGAAGACAAAUUGAAGGGCUAUCUUGAGAUAUUUUUUUCAAUCAAUGGAGGAUUAAUUGCCACAGGCCUUUACUUUACAAAGACUUACUAUUUGCACAAUCAUUUUCUCGACGUUGUGGUCCAGGAUGCUAAACUUCUCCUUAGGAGGAAAGAUCUUUUAGGACACUGUGUGGGCUCUAAGCAGGGCUGUAAAAAUGAGAAAGCAAAGGAUCUGUCCUGUGGCUAA